UUACCGUGUAUAACCCUGAACCUCUCUCUCUCUCUCUCUCUCUCAGUUUGUUCGCAGUAUUCGCGAGGAGUCUUUGCGAUCUUCGGCCUGUACGAUAAGCGUUCGGUGCACACUCUGACGUCCUUCUGCAGCGCGCUGCACAUCUCUCUGGUGACGCCCAGUUUCCCCGCCGAGGGCGAGACACAGUUUGUGCUUCAGCUGCGCCCCUCCAUCCGCGGAGCGUUACUGAGCCUCCUGGACCAUUACGACUGGAGCCGCUUCGUGUUCCUGUACGACACAGACAGAGGAUAUGCCAUCCUGCAGGCCAUCAUGGAGAAGGCGGGUCAGAACGGCUGGCAGGUCAGUGCCAUCUGUGUGGAGAACUUCAAUGAUGCCAGUCACCGAAGACUGCUGGAAGACCUGGACCGGAGACAGGAGAAGAAGUUCGUCAUCGACCUCGAGGCAGAACGACUCCAGAACAUUCUGGAACAGAUUGUGAGUGUGGGCAAACAUGUGAAAGGAUAUCACUACAUCGUCGCUAACCUGGGAUUUAAAGACAUUUCUCUUGAGAGGUUUAUGCACGGCGGGGCAAACGUCACUGGUUUCCAGUUGGUGGAUUUCAGCAAACCAAUGGUGAUUAAACUAAUGCAGCGCUGGAACAAACUAGACCAGAGGGAGUAUCCAGGAUCCGAGAGCCCACCCAGGUACACAUCAUCAUUGACGUAUGAUGGUGUGCUAGUGAUGGCAGAGGCGUUUCGGAAUCUGCGUAGACAGAAGAUCGACAUCUCUCGCAGGGGCAACGCUGGAGACUGUCUGGCAAACCCGGCUGCUCCUUGGAACCAAGGCAUCGACAUGGAACGAACUCUGAAACAGGUGAGAAUCCAGGGUCUCACUGGGAAUAUCCAGUUUGACCAUUAUGGACGAAGAGUCAACUACACCAUGGAUGUCUUUGAGCUAAAGAGUAACGGCCCCCGCAAGAUCGGUUACUGGAACGACCUGGAUAAAUUGGUUCUGGUCCAGAAUGAGCUCUCCAUGGGAAAUGACUCCACUAUGGAGAACAGAACGGUUAUCGUCACAACUAUAAUGGAAGGACCGUACGUGAUGUUGAAGAAGAACUGGGAGAUGUACGAAGGAAAUGAUCAGUUCGAAGGAUACUGCGUGGAUCUGGCGUCCGAGAUCGCCAAACACAUCGGCAUCAGAUACAAGAUCUCCAUCGUUCCUGACGGGAAAUACGGAGCCAGAGAUCCAGAGACCAAGAUCUGGAACGGCAUGGUUGGGGAGCUGGUGUACGGGAAAGCGGAGAUCGCUGUGGCCCCGUUAACCAUCACUCUGGUCCGGGAGGAGGUGAUCGACUUCUCCAAGCCCUUCAUGAGUCUGGGCAUCUCCAUCAUGAUCAAGAAGCCUCAGAAGUCCAAACCGGGCGUCUUCUCCUUCCUGGACCCGCUGGCCUACGAGAUCUGGAUGUGCAUCGUGUUCGCCUACAUCGGCGUGAGCGUGGUGCUCUUCCUGGUCAGCCGCUUCAGCCCGUACGAGUGGCACACCGAGGAGCCCGAGGACGGCUCCGACGGUCCGCCCAGUGACCAGCCCCCCAACGAGUUCGGGAUCUUCAACAGUCUCUGGUUCUCUCUGGGCGCCUUCAUGCAGCAGGGCUGUGACUUCACACCCAGGUCUCUGUCUGGUCGUAUAGUCGGAGGCGUUUGGUGGUUCUUCACUCUCAUCAUCAUUUCCUCCUACACGGCAAACCUGGCCGCCUUCCUCACUGUGGAGAGAAUGGUGUCGCCUAUCGAGAGCGCAGAAGACCUCGCCAAACAGACAGAAAUCGGCUACGGGACGCUUGAUUCGGGUUCCACCAAAGAGUUCUUUAGGAGGUCAAAGAUUGCGGUGUACGAGAAAAUGUGGAGUUUCAUGAAGUCGGCCGAGCCCACGGUCUUCACCAAGACGACGGCUGAGGGCGUGGCUCGCGUCCGCAAGUCCAAAGGGAAAUACGCCUUCCUGCUGGAGUCCACCAUGAACGAGUACACGGAGCAGCGCAAGCCCUGCGACACCAUGAAGGUCGGAGGGAAUCUGGACUCCAAGGGCUACGGUGUGGCCACGCCCAAAGGAUCGCAGCUAAGAACGCCGGUUAACCUGGCGGUGUUGAAACUGAGUGAAGCAGGAGUGCUAGACAAACUCAAAAAUAAAUGGUGGUACGAUAAGGGCGAGUGCGGACCCAAGGACUCGGGAAGUAAGGACAAGAGCUCGCAGGCGCUGAGUCUGAGCAACGUGGCGGGGGUUUUCUACAUCCUGGUGGGCGGCCUGGGUCUGGCCAUGAUGGUGGCCCUGGUCGAGUUUUGCUAUAAGUCCCGCGCCGAGGCCAAGAAACUGAAGCUCACCUUCUCGGAAGCCAUGAGAAACAAGGCACGCUUGUCAAUCACGGGCAGCCUGGGGGAAAAUGGGCGUGUCCUGAGGCCAGACUGCCCCAAGGCCGUGCACUCUGGCCCCUCCUACCGACAUGGCCCCGCCCUCGCCGUGGUGUCCUCCGACCUCCCAUAGAAACCAAAAACUCACCUUGUGCCUUAAAACAUCUCAACCCUGUACCGAAGUUCAGAUUUCACG